GAACGUAUUUUCAUGGAAAAUAUUGGAGCAGUAAAGGAAUUGUGUAAAGUAACAGACAAUUUAGAAACUCGAAUCGACCAACUGGAAAGGAUAAAUCGAAGGCUUACGAAGCUCAAGAGAGGUGACAGUUUAAAAUCUAACAGUACAGCGAGCAGUGGCACAAAGCAUAUCCAUUACCAAAAAUGUCUAAAGAAUCACUCCUGCCACAACGAAAUAGAACUGUGCUCAACCAAAUUUAUUCAAAUAAUUAUCAUUAUUUUGGUCUUAAUAAUGGCUUUCUGCUUGGCAGCCAUAACAACACUGUAUCUGAUGGAAGCUGCAAAUCAUAACAAUUACGUCCAGCAUACAUCCAUGCAAAGUUUGGAUAGAACAUCCACCACCAAAAAGCCAACCAAAAAUCCAAGUUUUAAACCUUGGAACACUCCAUAUCCUCACCGGACAUCAACACAGUACAAAGCACCAACGAUAAAUAUACCACCAGAAAUUGACACGUCUACUCUGAUAAGAGAUCAUCGGGAUAUAAUAGGAAGACCGCCCGACUGUCUCGUCGUAGACCAAGAUUUAGAAAAUACAAAUAUUUGCCAGAUUUACUGUUGUAAUCCACCCAGUCGCAAUAAACCCGAACAUAUAAGUAUUGGCGUUUUUAACGAAAAAAGGCAGAAAUCAAUGCCUAAUCGAACCAAAGUUGAAGCCAUCCUUGACAUAGAUAAGAAAAGCAUCGGAAAACCAUUUAACAACAACAAUAUUGACAAAAGUAAACAGGAGAGGCAGAAGAGAGAAAGUGACGACUGGAUCAACCAAAGUAAUGAUUUUGGACCAUCAGUUCCUGAAGACCAAAUAUUUACAAUAACCAUCCAGGGGAGGAAUUUCAACAAAACUCUAACAACCAAAUACCUAAUUAAUAACAGCAACAAUAAUCAUCUGCUGAAUUUUACCUACCAUGUUCCUAUUUCCAAAUAUAUGCCUGAUGAAUACAUUAAUUUAACUUUCAAGUCGACCCAAGCUAACAUCAAAGAUGUGGAGCAUUGUUACAACGACUACAGACAAAAUGUUUGUUCCUCCAACAGCAUGGGUUAUUUCGAUGACCCCAGCGUAGGCAUGCCCCAUAAAGUCAACGAGAACCAACCGAUUCAACAAAUUGCCCAGCAAAGUGUAACUUUCGAAGUAAAUAUGAUUGGGGUGCAGUGGAAAAUCAUGACCUACAGGGCCGCACUCAGGCAAACUCAAAGCGUAUGCAAACUAUCAUCUACAAAAUUAGGUCUUGAAUAUAUGGAAUAUAAUUUCCGAUUUUUCCGACUUUGUGAUGAGUAAUUAUCUCUAAAUUAAUUAGAUUUUUCCCAGAUAUUUCUGAUGUUAAUAACGACGGAUCCUCUAUAAUGAUUUUAUUAUUAAAGAGGAAUAACAUCAAUUAUUAUCGUUCUUAUUAUGUUCCUCGCAAAGAACCUAAAAACUAGGUACAUAUGUUUUAGAAUCUCAAAAUUUUGUACGGUUAAAUUAGGAUUUUAUCGAUUAUAAUGAAAGAUCUCUUUUUCUGAUAUUAAUUUAACAAUAACAAAACGCAUGUUAAUAAAACUUGUAAACAUUUGGCUAUCAUGACAAGUUAUAUAAGGAUAGAUACAAGACUAUCUAAAAAAUGAUGUACCACACUUAUAACAGUCCAUCUUAUUUAUGAAAAGAAUUUAUUGUUAUGUAAUUAUAUACAGGGUGCUCGUUAAUGAUUUCCCUCCCACCCCUUAAUAAUAAGUUUAGGGUUCUCAAGUAUGAUAUUGAGU